CAUUAGAUAUUUUUUCAGAGUUUUAAACUGUUUGAUUUACCAUCAGAUACAGCUGUACAAAAUUACUGUGCUUUGAAUUGGGUUCUGGCCUAUUGUAACCAUCUCACCAGGUUUUUGAAAUCACCUGAAUUUGUUACAUGAUUAUUAAUAACAAAAUCAUGGAGUUCACCAAGCGGAAAAACCAACUUCUUUGCAUGUUUUGCACUUGAUUCAGGUGUCUGGAGUGGUGCAAUUCAUUCACCAUAAUUACAAUUUGCAAAGCUCAUGAAUGAAAGUCUACCUGUUGACUAUAAUGAGUUUUUUCCGGAUAUUAACUUUUCUGGAUUAACCCGUCCAACUAUAUUCAUACUUUUAGGAUGCAUGAGCAUUGUUUUUCCGUUUUAUGUGUAUGUUUACAAAACUAAUCGCCCGAAAGAAGAAAAGGCAUUACUCUUCCCAAUAAUCAAUUGUUUUUAUAAAAUUAUGAAGUUCACAUAUUGGAUCACUCUUUCUCUAGUUUUAGCAAUGUAUUAUACUGUUUAUCAAUUGGAUAGACCAAAAAGUAACAUACCAUUGAUCAACAUUUUCGUUUUUCUUAUAAUUUUUCUGUCGAUGUGUAUGCUUUAUUAUAUAACACAAGUACUGCACUAUUUAAUUUCUUUUCUUGCAAUUCGAAAGUGUUUCGUUUAUUUUUUCCCUUCUACGGAAAGGACUAUUUUUCCAAUAUUAGGCAGGUUUUACAAACGUGUUUGGAUAUUGUGUUUAUUUUUUGCUUCAAAAGAUGUUAUGUUCGGAAUUUCCUAUUUAAUUUUUUCUUGUCAUGAAAACUGUAGCAUUUAUUGUGACAUUCUGAAAAAUUCAUAUGUGGGUUUAUUAAUUUUUCAAAACAUUCUUCUUUUGGUACUUUUAUAUAUUCCAAUUAUGUUGAGCGUUCGAAAAUUUUCCCAUUUGCCGGCGGCCAGGGAGAAUAUGCCAGAAAAAUAUAUUCUUUGGCAAACCACAUCAGUUUUUAUCAUGAAAAUGUUAUUAUUCCCUUUCAUCAUCAGUUUUCUUGCCGUCAGAGACUCCUCAGUACAAUUAUCUAUUUUUGUAGCAUCGCUAUUUGAUUUUCUUGGAAUACCUCUAUUGAUUCAAAUAUCAUAUUUGGGAUGUAACCGGCGGAAUGUGAAUGUUCUGAUUUCAUCGUUUUCUAUCAAGAAAUUCGUGGCAAUUUUGUUUGAUAUGAAAUCUGCUAUAGUAGAACCUCAAAGGAUAUAUACGAUAUCUGAUACAAGGAACACAUAA